AUGGGGAUGCCUAAGCCUUCUCUGCUUCUGCUGCUGCUGAUAGUCACUGCGUCUGCAUCCCAGAAACAAAUAACUAUAGAAGCAAGGACACUUCCAUUUCUACCUCAACAAAAUCCAUGUAAGCCCUGGUGGGAAAGAGUGCAGAAAGUUUUAAGUGGGAACCUUGUAGAAGUGCAAGGAAUUAAUGAAAUUGUUUUCCAAUCAAAGAUUUCAAAUCCUGUGAUCACUGCAAGAAACGCAGAUAGAGUUUUAGAUAGAGGCUAUGGACUGUCAUCUCCAAUAUGUUACUUUCAAGAAAUGGACUGA